AGCCUCCAACCACAACACACACCCCUCCAUUCACUCCUUGCACGCGACCGUCACGCCCAAUCUGGAAGCCAUGAAUGCCGAUGGCCAGCUUCCCCAUCCAUCCCGUGUCUCGGUUCGAGCAAACCCAGACGAGCAUCAAGAGGCCCAGGGAGCUCUUGUGCUUCUCGUUUGACGAAAAACAUCAUUGCACUCCCUUCUCCACCGAGUCGCUUCGCUACUACUACCCUCCUUAUGUGCAGGCUCCGGGUACAUUCAUACCAUCCGUCGAUCUGACGCUUGGCUUCCCCGAAUGGAUCAAGGGCGACGACUCCGUUGACGGCCACUUGGAUGCCUUAUUAGAGACCGUUCAGGCGCAUGAGGAGCAGCGAGUCCACGAGGGGCAUCCGAUUGGGGAUGUGAGAGUCCAAGCAGACAUCGUGACUUGGCGAGGAAUGAUGACGAAGAUUAUGACGGCCAUGUUUGAUGUGUAUUCGGAAUUCGAAAUGAAUGCUACCUGCUAUCAGGGCACAAUCUACAUCGAGGAGGAUCAUGCCUCCAAACAGGCCGACGAGCGCCGGGGAAAGACCAAACCGCCGCGACCAGCAGAAGUACCGCAGGAAGUGAUGCAAUAUUGGGGCUACAAAUUCGAGACCGUCUCCACCCUGUCCAAACCGUGGGGAGAGAGCAGUCGCGCAGAGAUCGAGUCCCGUGACCUGGAAACCGUCAACAACAACGUCCAAUACUGCUCCAUUGUGCGCACGGGGAUUGGGGACAGCUCUCUCCUCCUGGCCGGCGAAGUCGACUGCGUGCUGGGCGAAAAGCCGGAGAAUCCCGAGCUGCCAAUCCCUUGGGUCGAGCUGAAGACCAGCGCCGAACCACCCUCCGACAGCUUUCACGAGCGACAGAAGUUCGAACGCAAGAUGCUAAGAUUCUGGGCACAGUCGUUCCUCCUCGGCGUGCCUACCGUCGUGGUGGGUUUUCGAACGACCAAUGGACUCCUGAGCCGCAUUGCAGAAUUCGAGACACAAAAGAUCCCUGGGAUUGUUGCUCGCGGCGAGAGGAGUUGGAAUGGGAACGUGUGUAUCAGCUUUACAGCAGCAUUCUUGGAGUUCUUGAAGCAUGAGUUGGGGGGUAAGGAGGGGGUCUGGAGGAUUCAGAGGAAGAAGAACAGCAAGGAGAUUCGGGUGUAUCAAAUUGCGGAAAAAGGGACGGGGGAGAUGUUGCCAGCGGCGUUCAAGGAACACAGGGAUAGACUUAUUGCGGCGGAGAUUGCAAGUAAGCUAGGAGGUACGAGCAUGGUCGAUUGAGGCUUCAACAACGAUUGUAUGCCGAGGCGAGGCUGUCCUAACGAUCUCAGCUGCGUGUACAUGCUACAUGCAGCUCAAAGGUGAUGGGACAGCGCAGGACGCAUGUGCCAACGCAUGAGAUGAGGCGAAUGGGCGCGAGGCGUGGCGCCAUGCAUGACAGGGGCUGGCAUUCCAUAGAAGUAGUCGGUCCGCCUCUUCUUCUCCUACAUCAAUCACUCGCCCAUCGAACCUCUUCGUCCUUGAAUGCCCGUUGCGCAUCG